CCGGCCCACUUCGAGAGCCCAUCCAACGAAGCAGUCGAGGAGGCGCCCCCCUGUAUUCUUCUCUGCUCCCGCGACGGCAAUGGCGACAGGCGGGUGAUCGACGGCGGCGGCGACGAUCUAGCCGGCGCGCGACGGCGAGCGACGGGCUAAGUUUCAUCAUGGAUCCGACGGAGAUACUGAACGUGAGAUUCCAUUUUGGUGGCGAGUUCAUCAGUAUGGGGCCAAAUUUGCAAUAUGUUGGGGGGGAUGAUGAGAUGUCAGAGAUUGAGAGGGAUAAGUUGUCACUGCAGGAGGUGAAAGGGUUUCUGAAAGAUCAUAUGCAGUUGAAGGAAUCAAUGAAAUUUUAUUUUCAGAUACCUGGGAAAUCAAUGGAAGAUGGCUUGAUGUUUCUGAAUGAUGACAGUAAAUGUGUCCAGAUGGGAGAGUACACUGAUGUGGGAGGAGUAGCUGACAUAUAUGUUGAGUAUCAUGGAGAGGAGGACAGUGAGCAUAGUAGCAGUGGGAGUGAUUUUGAAAAUGAUGAGAUGAUGGAGGUAGUUGAUGCUGAUGAUGAACCUGACAUUGUCAUCACAGCAGAGCAUGUUAUGGUUCCUGAUGAUACUGGUGUGAUCACUCAAGUAAUUUGCAGUCCAGUUAAGCCAGUUCAUGAAAGAAGAAGGCAAGUGGAUGCAGAGCAAGUGGAUGCAGAGCAAGUGGAAGCAGAGCAAGUGGUAGGAAGCUCCCAGCUUCCAGUUUCCCAGGUGUUAAAUCCAACUCAAGCAUCAAGUGAAGAACCAAUUGCUGAAGAUUCAGUUAGUGAGUCUGAUUCAGACCCUGAAUAUGAGCCACACAGUGAGGACAGUGGGGAAAAUUCAGAAGUGUUUAUAAUCCAGUGUACUGUUGCAAACCUGAAAGUGCACCAGCUUUUGUAA